GUUUCUAUUAAUUACUGGAGCGUAGUAUAAAAAGCAUGUUAUUUCUACUUUGAAUUUCGUGAUAUUAAACGUAAUAGAGGCGCUGGAACCAGUUCUGUCGAUAGAUCUACACGUGUGUGAGAUUUUUUGAUAUAACGUAGUAUCGUAUAGAACAUUGCUUUUAUUAUACAAUAAUGGGUAAUACAAAUGAUAAAACGAGUCCCGUCAGUACAGAAUCAAAGGAUACAGAAAAAUCUGACNNNCCAUUGAAACCCUGCUGUGCUUGUCCUGAGACGAAGAAAAUUAGGGAUGAGUGCAUUAUCACCAAAGGCGAAGAAAACUGUACACAUUUAAUAGAAGCGCAUAAAGCUUGUAUGCGAGCGUUAGGAUUUAACUUAUAA